AUGGGGCAAGGUUGUUACAGUGGGAGUGCCGACGAGGAUAUAGCCCUGGAUUCGUCCCGCUUGCGUUCAUCCGCUCGGCUCGGCUCCGCAGCGAGCACCUCCGCUGCCGCCACUACCACCGUCGCUACUACCACCACCUCCACCUCCUCCUUGGCCACCACCUGCCGCGUUGCGAGACGCAAGAGGAAGAAGAGGAGACGUCAGCGACCUGCUGCGAACAACGACGACGAAAGCAGCGUCGCCGUCGCUUCUCGCAGCGCUAUCACCUCGAGCGGUAACGUCGCCGUAGCCGAGAGUAACUCGGCCGACGCCGUCGUCCUCGAGUCCGACGUCGACGCCGUCGACGCCGUCGUCGCCGCCAACGCAGCCACCGCGGGGACAGACUCGGCGGCGGCGCGGGUCGAUAAACCGAGGAGCCGCCUCCUCGUCGAACAGCACACCGCUAGCGGAGACACCCAGCCACGCGUCGGAGGAAGCGGCGCGCGUGCGGCCGCCUCCUCCGUCGGCACCGCCGGCGUCACGCUUCUCAAUCGACGCGCCGGCAAACGCUCGCCCCGGCGAUGCAACGCCGCCGGCGGACGUAGGAGCGCGAUGACGAUGGAUCUCCAGCGGCUGAUUAACGAGGUGCACGCGAGACCCGCAAUCUGGGACCAGAAGAACGUCAACUAUCACAACCGCGAUGUCAUACUGAAGAUGUGGCGGGAGAUCGCGAGGGCCUGCGAGGUGUCGACGGACGUCGCCAAGUCCAAGUGGAAGCACCUACGCGACAAUUUUCGGAACGAACUGAAGAAGACCUACCGGGGUAAAUGUGACGGUGUCGGUGGCACCGAGCACGAUUCCAAAUGGGUCUGGUUCAAGAGUCUGUUCUUUCUUCGGGACCAAAUGAACUCCAGGGUGAUUGGUUGCGCUCUGUCGCAAAAUUGCGUCGGUAUGCGCUCGUCGCCGGACGGCACGCAGAUAGAGCCGCAGAUCGACAUCCUCGAAGGCCACGAAGAGACGCAGUUCGAAGAUCUAGACGGCGACUCGUGCCAGUCGUUGCUAUCCAACGACGACGGCUUGCAUCAGGUGAUGCCGCCGCCAAAGAUGAACAAGAUAAUCGGCCGGAAGCGGGCGCUGAUGGACGCGAUCGACAACGAUUACGGCAUAGAGAUAGACCGGAAGCGGUACGAGUCGCUGCAGAAGAGACUGGCGAUCGGUUCCGAAGACGAGGACGACACUUAUCACUUUCUAAUGAGUGUCCGGAAUCCUCUGAGAAGUUUGCCGCUCGACAGGCAGAUGUUUGUCCGACUUAAGAUUCAGGAGCUGGUCUACAACGAGAUUAACUCGCAGAAUCAACAGCCGCAGACAACCAGCCGCGGCGUUUAUGAUGCAUCCUCGCAGAACCAAGACGUGAAGCCGCCGCGGACGGGUAACGGUGGAAACGGCGUCGUCGGCGACGUCGUCAGCGACAUGUCGAAUCCGGCGUCGUUGCUGCAAAACUGUACGCCCGAAGGUUCCAGCGAUGACGCCUUCUUCGGCUGACGACAGUUUGUCGCGGUUUAAUUCGCGUGCUUAUAGGCUGUAUGGAUGAUAAUUUUAUUAAUAGGGAAUAAACGAUGAUAUUUUUUCAAUAA